AUGGCCCUGAGCUGGUGCGUCCGCCUCCUUUCGUCGGCGGGGGCGGGGGCUCUGAGGGGCAGACCGCAGCCACCGCAUGGCCCCACCAGCAGCCUUGCAGGGGGCUCCCUAGGCUGGACUACCCGGACAGGAGGGGCUCUGGUGGCCCCGCACCGGCCCCCAGCCUCUACGGGCGGCGGGCCGGUCAGCCGGGCGGCGGCGGGGACUAUAAGCGGCCGGGGCGCCCACCCUCGAAGCAGGAGUCCGAGCGAGGAGACGGCGCUGGAACCCAUGGACACGUCGUACCCCCGCGAGGACCCCCGGGCCCCGACGCCCAACAAGGCCGACGGCACCGCCCACACGGCCCUCACGCUGGGGGCGCCGCUACCCCCACCUCGAGACCACUUGAUCUGGUCGGUGUUCAGCACCCUCUACCUGAACCUGUGCUGCCUCGGCUUCCUGGCGCUGGCCUACUCCAUCAAGGCCCGAGACCAGAAGGUGACUGGAGAUCUGGAAGCAGCCCGGCGGCUCGGCUCCAAAGCCAAGUGCUACAACAUCCUGGCCACGGUGUGGGCUCUGGUGCCGCCUCUACUGCUGCUGGUGCUGGUGGUGACCGGCGCCCUGCACCUGUCCCGGCUGGCCCAGGGCUCCGCCGCCUUCUUCAGCACCAAGUUCGACGACUCAGACUAUGACUGACAGGCUGGGCCCUGUCACCGCCCUGAUCCAGGGACCCCAACCCCAGGGGCUCCAUCCUAAUCGCCUGGAACCCUGACUUGCCUACGGGCCUGAGGCCCACCCUCCAGCCCCAGCCUGGGCACCUAACACUGACCCUGAAGAUCCUCCACAGGGACCCCAGGGCCUUACCCUCACCUCGAUCGAUGCCCCCAGUCCCCUAACCCCACCCCCCACCCCCGCCCCCAGGCCAGCUCCUCCCUCCCCAGCCGCCAGGCUCAGCCUCAGUUUCACAAUUAAAAGCGCCUGGCUCCAGAAA